AUGUCCGAAACAAUUGAAGGUAACGUUCAAAUUCUAAGAUUAUCACCAGGUGACAGUACCAACUUCCCAAAACCAGGCGAUUUGGUAACAAUCCAUUACACUGGUACUUUGGAAAACGGUCAAAAGUUUGAUUCUUCCGUUGAUAGAGGUUCUCCAUUCCAAUGUAACAUUGGUGUAGGUCAAGUUAUCAAGGGUUGGGAUGCUGCUAUUCCAAAGUUGUCCGUUGGUGAAAAGGCAAGACUAACUAUCCCAGGCCCAUACGCUUAUGGUCCACGUGGUUUCCCAGGUUUGAUCCCACCAAAUGCUACUUUAGUCUUUGAUGUUGAAUUGUUGAAGAUUAACUAG